CUGGGCACAGGUAGGUGGCACUGCAGAGUGGCAGAGGUGGGGGCACUGCUGGGCACAGGUGGGGGCACUGCUGGGCCACGGGUGAGCGGGGGGGUAGUGGGCGCACUGCUGGGUGGAACUUGCGGGUGUCACUGCUGGGCACCGAUCAUCAGGGCACUGAUCAUCAGUGCCUGAUGCUCGUGUGAGGAAAGUGCAGCCGAGAACCGGCACUUGCAUUUCCCUGUGAUCAGCGUGUCAUUGGACACCGCUGAUCAUGUGGUAAAAGGCCGGUGGGAUCGGCCUUUCACCACAUCACGUGAUCAGCUGUG